AUGAUAAUCCUUGAGGACCGUAUAUGUCCAGGGGACAUCAACAGGAGGAAACAUCUUAAAAAGAUCCUCGGAAUAACAGCGAUAUUUAUAGUAUUUAUAUUGUAUUCCCUUCAGGAUGUCUUCCUUCCAAAAAACAAUAUUCCUAAUGAGCUACCUUCAGAUGAUUCAAAGCUCUUACAGGUAGCAUCAAUAGAUCCUAAGGAAGAACUCCUGAAGUUGGGACUUUCAAUUAAAGAUCCUGUCAAGAUAUUCGACCCUAGAAUAGGUAAAGAAAGAUUACUAUAUGGGAGGUUCCUUCACAUUACAGAUAUUCAUCCCGAUCGAUUAUAUAAAGAAGGUUCAUCGAUAGAUUAUGUUUGUCAUGGCAAAGAACCUAGUAAGAAGAGGGAUUAUGCACCAAAAUUCGGAAAAGCAAUGGCUGGUUGUGAUUCACCGGUAGAUUUAAUGGACCAUACACUUCGUUGGAUUGGUGAACAUCUAAAGGAUAAGAUUGAUUUUGUUAUAUGGACGGGUGAUAAUAUUAGACACGAUAACGAUCGUAAAAAUCCUAGAACAGAAUUUCAAAUUUUUGAGAUGAAUGAGAUUGUUGCAGGAAAGUUCCAAGCUUUAUUUGGGAACCAAAAUACGGAAGAUCCAAGAGAUUUCGACGUUGAUAUAAUUCCGAGUCUUGGGAAUAAUGAUGUGUUCCCUCAUAAUUUGUUUGCCAUGGGUCCUACUUUACAAACAAGAGAGCUUUAUAGGAUAUGGAGCAAUUUUGUUCCUCAAGAACAGAAGAGAAUAUUUUCUAGGUCAGCAUCAUUCUUGACGGAGGUCAUUCCAGGUAAAUUGGCGGUUUUAUCUAUCAAUACACUUUAUCUUUUUAAGGCAAACCCAUUAGUCGAUAAUUGCAAUUCUAGGAAACAACCUGGAUACCAAUCUUUGAUAUGGCUAGGGUAUAUAUUAGAUGAAAUAAGAGCGAGAGGAAUGAAAGUUUGGUUAAGCGGACAUGUACCUCCAAUAGAAAAGAAUUUUGAUUCAAGCUGUUUUCAUAAAUUCACUCUAUGGACGUACGAAUAUAGGGAUAUCAUAAUAGGUGGGCUUUAUGGCCACAUGAAUAUGGACCAUUUUAUACCGGUAGACGGUAAAAAAGCUAGGAAAGCAUUGACAAGACAAGUAGAGGAAAGUCAUAAGUUUGGACAAGAUGAAGAGGAUCAAUUUGAUGAACUGUUCUUACAAAGUGCCGAUGCAGCAAGUGAAGUACAUUUGAUGGGUGCUAGUCCAGUAGGGAAGGAAACAUACAUGAAAUCAGUCCGUAAAACUAUAUACCAGAAAAUACAUGACAAAUUGGAAGAAAUAGUAGAUAAUAUUGAAAUUGGUAAGAAGAGGAAAAAAAAGAAAACGACAAAACCAAAAACCCUCGACGAGCUUUCCGAAAGGUACUCAAUAGUAAAUAUUGGUGGUUCAAUUGUUCCAACAUUCAACCCAGGUUUUCGGGUUUGGGAAUAUAACAUUACUGGAUUGGAACAAGGAACUCAAAUACAACAAUUUAAGCCAUGGAAUGAGUUCUUCGAGGAUUUAGAGAAAAAAUUACAAACUGAAUUUCUGGACGAAGUAGCGAUCGAAGGAGUUGAAUCUAACAAGGUGAGAAGGCCUGACAAGACGAUUCCUAAAAAGAAACCCGAAUCAAUACCAUUGGGGCCCGCAUACGAACCCCAGUUAUUUUCUCCUACGAAAUUUGUCCAGUAUUUUGCAGAUCUAAAAGAAAUCAAUGAUGAGUAUUAUGGAAAAACAGAUUCUGGCAAUGAUAAUUCCAAAGCGGCUAAAGAAGCGUUUAAAUUCCAAGUUGAAUAUACUUCUGAAGAUAAACCGUAUCCGAUGGAAUCACUUUUGGUAAAAGAUUUCUUAAAACUAGCAUCAGAUCUUACCCAAGACAAUAAGUUAUGGGAAAUUUUUAAAGAGAGAGCAUUUAUUUCCUCUGGGUACGACGAAGACAAGAAUGGAUAG